ACAAUGCCUGAAAUUGAUAUAAUCAUAUACCACGGUGGUCCGUUGAAGAAUGCCAAUGCGAACAAGGGAUUGCCAUUUGAAGGGCCGGGUAUAAAGACCUAUUAUACCCAAAUUGAUCGUAGGUUGAAGACCCUUGAUCAAUUGAAGAUGAUGGUUAUGGAAGAGUUGUGUGAGAACCCUGCUGUGCACAACAUACACAUUACUUAUCGCAUGCCAAAUGAAAUCCUGAAGCACCGGAUUAAUUACAAGUACAUGGCGAUAGAAUCAGACAAACAUGUCAAGAUCAUGUUUGACAAGUUGGAGAGAAUACCUGAAGUAACUAACAUUGAGUUGUACAUACAGUUGGAGCCACGUGCAGAAGUUGGUAUUGAGGAAAUCCAACAAACACAAACAAGUUUACAAGUUACAGUUCCAGAUGCUCAAUACCAGUAUUUUACACAUGUAGAGCAUGCUGAUGUUCAUGCCGAUGAAGAUGUUCAUGCCGAUGAUGAUGAUGAUGAUCAUGAGGAUGAGGAUGAGGAUGAGAAUGAUGAUGAUUAUGAUGAUGAGGACGAGGAUCAGGAUGAUGAUGAUGACUAUGUUGAUGAAAAUAUUGCCAUUAAUGGUGAAGAUUUUGGCGAUAGAGAUGAGAUUGAAGACAGGAUUGAACAAGGGGACUUUAGGGACUUUGAGAGGGACAUUGAUGACGAUGAGACAUUGGACGGUAGUCAACCUGAUGCAUACAAUGUUCUUAGUGUCCAAAACAUUACGGACACAAUCCCUGUGUACUCACCACCUGCCUUGUCAUUUUAUGAAAAUACUUGGGAAAAUUUUGUUGAUCCUUCACAUAUUGAGACACCAUUUGUGUCUAGUUGGAUUGAGGGGAUGAAUUUGUGCAAAGGCUUGACUUUUGCCAAUAAAAUGGAGGUGCAACGCGUAUUAACAAAGUGUGCCCUCAAGGAAAACAAACAUUUUUUGAUCAGUAGGUCAACCACGACAAAACUUUGUGCGAAAUGCGUUGAUGAGUCAUGCACGUGGUAUGUAUGCGUAGUCAAGAAGCCCAAGUUCCACAAUCUAUGGAUAGUCACCGUGUACAAGGGUCCUCACACGUGUAUACGGACUGGGGUGCGAAAUGAUGGUAGAAUGAUGAGUUGUAAAUUUAUUGCAGAUGACAUCCUUAAGAAGUUAUGUGAGGAUCACACUACCCCAAUUAAGCAUCUCAGAUCUAUGAUAGAGUCGAAAUAUGAGGGACAAAAGCCUUCUUACUACAAGGUGUGGGAUGCGAAACAAAAGGCGAUUGAGAAGAUGUUUGGGAAUUGGGAAGAGUCUUAUCAAAGGUUGCAAAAGUUGCUAAUGGCAUAUAUUGAUCAGGAUCCGACUACCCAGGUGUUCUAUCGUACCACAUCCACCGGUGAAGAUGACACAGUAUUUUUGAAUUAUGUGUUUUGGUCUUUCGGUCCAAGCAUUGAUGGAUUCAAAUAUUGCAAGCCGGUUAUCAGUAUUGAUGGGACUCAUCUGUAUGGUAAAUAUCAGGGAAAGUUGUUGGUUGCAAUGGCAACCGACGCUAACAACAAGGUAUUCCCUCUUGCCUUUGCUAUUGUGGAUUCUGAGUCAGGGUCUAGUUGGAGGUGGUUUUUACAAUGUCUCAGAGAUGCGAUUGGCCGCGUGAUACCUAACGAAGGCAUUUGCAUAAUUUCUGACCGACAUCUCGGUAUCAAAAACGCCAUUGCAAACUGGCCUAGAAGGGAUGAUGGAAGAGCACUGGUAUUUCAUAGAUAUUGCCUUCGACAUGUUGCUAGCAACUUUAACACACAUUUUCAGAACUCGACUCUGAAGUCAGCGGCAUUGAAAGCUGGAUAUGCUAGUCAGGCAGUGAAAUUUACCUCCAUAAUGGAGACCAUUAAGCAGGCGGAAAUUGAGGCCAUUAGAAAUAAGAAGAAGUUGACGGGGAAGGAUGGCAAGGAAAAGAAUCAAGAUUAUCUUCCAUACACAUACCUAAUGGGCGAGUCAGUGGAUAUGUGGACCCAGUCACAUGAUGGUGGGAGACGUUUUGGGGCAAUGACAACCAAUAUAUCAGAGUGCUUCAAUGGUGUAUUGAAAGGUGCACGGGGCCUUCCUAUUGCCGCGUUGGUUGAGUUCACUUGGAACAAACUUGUCAGUUAUUUCCACGACCGUCGCAAAGAAUACCUUUUUGAGUUCUCAGAGGGUAAGAAAUGGAGUAAAUAUGCCUUCUCCAAGUGGGAUGAGAAUAAGAGCAAAUCUGAGAAACAUUAUCUCAAGCCAUUUAGCAAUGAAGAGCUGAUAUUUCAAAUAGUUACCCAAAUCAACACGUGUAGUGCAGGAGGGGGAAACCACAGUUAUGAAGUUCGGUUACAGGAAAGAACAUGCAGUUGUGGGAAAUGGCAAAACAUAGGGAUCCCGUGUUCACAUGCAAUCAGAGUAUGUGACUAUUUAAAUAUUGAUUCGACCACAUUUAUUCACCCGUGUUAUGGUUUGAACAAUGCCAUUAACACUUAUGAGCAUGCAUUUGUGGUUCCUAAGUCGAUGGCUUUGUGGAGGGAUCCCAUAGGGCCAAAGUGGUUGCCUAAUCCAGCAUUGUUGCGGGCCAAAGGUCGACCAGUGAAGUCGAGAAUAAGGAAUGAGAUGGAUGGAGUGAGGAAUAAGGUUCGAGAACCGGGAUGGCGGAGGGAGGAUGCAGAUUUGAUAGAGAGUCAGUCCAAGCAGACAUGUGGACUGUGUCAUGCUUCCGGGCAUAACCGCAGAAAAUGUCCGCAGUCCCGUGGCGCUUCCACAAGCGGUCAUGUUCCACACUAGGCAUGCUUCCAAGGACGAUGUUUUUGUUGUGUGGACAGCCGAUGUUAGGAAAAGUGACUACGUUGUAUUGGGUCUAUGUGAACUUUUUGGUUUUUGUUGAAUGUACUUGUAAAUCUCUAUUGAAUGUAUGCCUAUGAAGAUUGUGAUUUCAAUAGUAUGGUUAGAACUGCAAAUUAA